AUGAGGCCGUCUCAGAUUCUCGCUGCCGUCGUGGCCAUGUCGUCGGUCACCCAGGCCAUGAACGUGAAGCAUGCAUUCGACAACAUUUCCGGAUUGACUGAUGUCAAGAACGUGCUUCUUGGACGUCAGGAUAACAACAACAACAAUGACAACAACGACAACGCCUCCUCAGAUGCACCCGCCAGCACACAACCCGCACGAACAUCCGCCGCCGCAAAACCGACCGCAACCGGUGACAACAACAAUAACGACGAUAACAACAACGACAACAACAGCAGCGGAGACAACGCUUCCAACACUGCAAAGGAAACAGCAAGCGGCACAAAGAAGCCCUCCGGCUCCAAGACAACUGGAAAGGGUUCCAAGUCCACCAGCUUCGACGCCCGGUUACCCGCCGGAGGCCUCACAAUGGUCACCCCCAACGCCCUUGCCGGAACACAAUUCUACAAGGUCGGCGACUGGGUCACAUUCGCAUGGAACUACACCUCGCUCUCUGUGACACCCACGGCUAUCGAUGUCCUUGCCUCUUGCACCGCCAACCAAGCUACCUACACCAUCUCCGUCAACAUGUCCGCCACCGAGACUGAAGUUCUCUGGAACACAAAGAACACGCCAGAGGGCCAGGCGCCGUUCUUGACCGAGAACUACAAGCUGCUCAUCUACGACUCUGAUCUUAGUGCUACUGCGGCGCCGAGGGCGGGUUAUCUGGGUGCUUUCACUGGCUUCACCUUCGGCAUGUACUUGCCCCAGGAGUACAUUUCGCUCAAGGAUGGCUACACAUGCCCCAACUGCAACGGCGCGCUCUCCCUAACCGAGAAAAUGACCCUCGGAACCAUGCUCCUGACUACCGGAACUACGCUCGGUUCGAUGCUGUACUUCACCUACCAGUUCGGUAUCUGGUAA